ACACACACACACUCAUCCCCCGGUCCAAAACAAAGCGUCCGUGCGAGACGCUGCAAAGAGAUUUUUUAAAACAAAACUUAGUUAUUUACUUGGUAGCUUUUUGUUUUAGCUCCGAUUUGAUGUAAACUUGUUAGCUGCUGGUUACAUUGGUAGGUGUGCUGGAUUUGCAUGCUCGACAGACGACGGAGAACGGUUUCAAUGCUCUGCUACUGGUAGGAUUUGUAUUCGAGACGUGUUGGUAGGCUGGUUUGUGAGAAAGCAAGUAUCAAUUUCUCUGGCCCGACAAAAUCGCACGAUGAAGCGAAACCACUGGGGCAAGCUGGCGGACGGUUCGGACGACCGGAAGGAGCUGGAUGCGAACGAUCUCGUGCUGACGAUGAGCAAGAUGGACAAAUUCCAGCAGAUCAAGCUGCCGUACACCAUCACCAGAGAGAAGCGCGUACCGCUAAAGAACCCGCUCGUCACGCAAACGGUGGAGGUGAUGAAGCAGACCGAAAUGAUCCAAACGCUCAUCGACACGUACUCGACCAAGUCGGGCUGCAACUACAUACUGAACCCGUGCCAGCUGAUGCCGACCGUCCACUUUCCCGCGAGCAACGUGGUCGACCUGACGCGGAUGGAGAAGAUCACGCGCCCGUUCUGGUUCGUGCUGCCGGACGAGACGCCCUUUACGCGCGGCGACCGGCGCAACUACGUGAAGCUGUCGAAGCCGGUCGUGCUGCAGGCGCUGCGGAAGGCGGCCUGCGGCCUGCUGUGCAUGGAGGGCUUCUCGGAGAUAAACGAGUCGGCGCUGAUCAUGAUAGUGGACGGGCUCGACCAGUACCUGCGGCUGCUGACGAGCGCGCUCCGGUCGGCCCGGUCCGAGCAGGACGAGGAGAUUGGGCCGGUGCCGACGCUCGCGAUGGUGCAGCGCAUGUGCCACGGUAUCGGGCGGGCCCCGGUCUACCAGCUGCACAACUACUACAAAAAGCUGAUGACCAAAAACCGGGACGAGGUGCGGGAGUUCAAGGACAUCUACCAGGAGUACGACCGGCUGCUGCAGGAGAACCAGCUGUCGGUGCAGAACAUGCAGAAGCUGGGCGACCUGAAGGAGGAGGACUACAUGAGCUUUCUCGAUCCGCAGUCGCACUCGUCGAACGGCACGACCAUGGACGGGACGGCGAUGAACAUUAUCAACUUUAUCAACGGCGAAACGGUUAACGGUUUCAAGGACAUUCUCGAGGGUGAGCUGCUGGAGAACAGCAGCACGCAGGACUCCUCCGAUCAGAUGCAGAACCAGCAGUUCUAUCAGGCCGAUUCUUCGUCACAGGGCGGGUUUGCCCCUUCCGGACCGAUGUAGCAGUGCGCCGAGCAGCCGCCGCAGCAACGCUUUGCAUUCUAGAAUGAUAUUGGAAAUAGGAAUAAGUAAGUGACGGUGAAAACGUGUGGCUUUGGAAACAUACGAGCACACACUGCUCAAGAAAUGUAGGGAUUUGGUCCUUUAGAAUAGCUAAUACAAAAUGGAUUGAGGCGAGAUUAAUGUUUAAUUUGUUCCUAAAAUGCAGCUGUUGGAAGCAAUCAAGCGUAUCAAUAGAAGCAUGGAGCCUGUAUAGAAGUAAAUUAGUUUCGCUUUUGCAUCCCACUAGCAGAAGCAGCUUUUAAGAAGAGCAAAUCAGUACGCAACAUGACAAACAAUGUACUACGAUUUGUUACAUGGGGGAGAGGGUGAGUUUAAGUUUUGUUAUGUAACGUAAAAUAUAUUUUUAUUUUUUUUCGAAUAACAAAUGAGUAAUAAACGAGGAUUCAUCUUCGUGCGUUCUGCGACAAAAAAAAAAGAUCUCGCUACUUUUUAUGUACUUAGCAGCCGAAUGGUCUGUCGAAUUUGGUUACCACGGUCGGAAAAGCUUAACACAGGAUCGUCGCAGCAACGUUGCAUUCCGUUACUGUGACGACCAUAGUAGCAUGCGAUUCGCAAGUGACGACAGGCGAUUGGAAGAAAAUGGCACGAGAAUCAACCGUAACGCUGUAAACAGGUGAUACACCGAUCCAACUCCUUGCAAACCCAAUUCGUUUCAAACGAAAAGAAAACUGGUAGUUUGUGAGACAUGCGUAACAUAUUAAACAACACAUGUUAUGGGAAAUAGAAUAAUCAAUUUGAUGAUGCUACAACAUCUGGAGCCAAAGUCUGGAAAGAUGGACAUAUUUAUGGAGGACCAGGAAGAUGGCUGGAUGAAACAAACAAACUAAGGUAUUGUG